AUGUACAAUAAUUUCAACGCAUUUCACAUCACAUAUAUCCCGGGCAUGCAACAUCCACCUGCCACUCAUACCACCAUCUCCAUGACUCAUGAUUUUCCAUCUACUAACUUAACCGAAAAACGCAGCAAACAGAAUGGCUUUGCGCCACUAAGCACAACAACAAUACCAACAGCUAAUCAUUGUGCUAAAGCGUGCAAUCCUAUUCAUUCACAGCAAACGACAGAUUUAAUACAAAAGCAACAAAGCGACGCUGCUGCAACUGAAUUACAAUUAGAAAGCGCGACAACUUUUCAAUUCACAUCGCCGACUGCAACAUUUAAGCGCAAAAAGCAACAGCAAACACAGAAGCAACAACAACAACAACAACAGUUCGAACAUCAAUUCCACAACAAUAACAAUAACUGUGGUGGCAAUCAAACAGUGGCAGCAACGGUAAUUAAUAAUUCACUGGCAACCGAAGUGUCGCAGCCGAAAUCAAAAUCACCUAAUCGCAACAGUGCUGAGAAUGGCAAUGUGCAACAUACAGCAACAGUUACCACGUCGAUUAUAUUGAAUGGUAUAGGUGUGGCAGCAACAACAAAAGCAACAAACGCGACAAAAGCAAUAACGGUUGACGAUAUUUUAGCAAUUGGCAGCAGCGGUGUUGUUGGUGCGCACAACAAUACAACAACCACAACAAAGCCAACAACCAGCAUACGUACACCGCGCAAUCGCACCUUGCCACGCAUCGCAACAACCACAACAACACCGCGAACUGCAUAUGCAGCUGACAAUCUCGAUCUAGUGGGCAGCCACACAGGCAAAGCGCCGCUCAACGGUCACAACAAGCGGCAACGUGCCACAGCCAAGGUGAAACAGUCGCCACAGCAACAUCAACAACAACAACAACAACAGCAACAACAACAGCCAGCACUGCAACAACACGCGCUGCCAAAGAGAAUGACCGCAGGCGCCGCUGGCGGCAGUAGCAGUGCGAGUGGCAGUGGCAAUAACAGUAAUCACAGCAGCAGCAACAACAAUAAUAACAACAACAACAGCAAUACACUACACAAAGAAAACAGCGCGCUCAUGGACAGUUUGGGUGCACAUUUGGAGCUGGUGGGUUGGCGCAAGAAAUGCCUCUACGGCCUGCUUGUGCUGCUAAUGCUGCUCAUCAUCACAAAUCUGGUGUUGACAUUGUGGAUACUGAAAGUGAUGGAAUUCACGACGGACGGCAUGGGCCAGCUGAAGAUAGUGCCAGGCGGUAUUCAGCUCACCGGUCAGGCGCUCAUAAUGGAUAUGCUGCGUGCAUCGACAAUACGCUCCAGGCAUGGCCAGCCGAUAGCGAUAGAAUCAUCACGUAAUUUUUCAAUCAAUACACGUGACGCGAAUGGCAUGUUGGAGAAUCAUUUAUUCCUUGGGCACGAUAAGCUCGAAUGCUUGGCGAAGGAAAUUCGCAUCAAUGACACCAACGGACGAAAUUUAUUUUCUGUAAAUCAAAAUGAAGUCACAAUCGGUGCACACGCGUUGCGCAUUGACGGCGAAGGUGGCGCCAUAUUUCGGGAAUCCAUACAAACGCCGCAUGUACGCGCCGAACCUGGACGUGAGUUGAGACUGGAAUCCCCCACACGUCAGCUUGAACUGACCGCUGCAAAGGAUAUAAAUUUGCAAUCGCGCGCUGGUGCAAUAGAAGUAGCUGCACUGAAAGAUGUGAGGCUGAGUGCGCUGGACGGAAGUCUGCGCCUGGAGUCCGCAAAAAUCCUUAUGCCGAAUCUGCGUACGGCGCAGCCACCACCACUGGGGGCGCCACAAAGUCGUGACCAUUUGCAUCGUGUCUUCCAGCUGUGCGCCUGCUCGAACGGCAAACUAUUCCUGGCCGCGCCGCAUUCGAUAUGCGCCGGUGACGACAGCACUGUUUGUAGAUGAUUACCAGAACGAAGACAAUAAAGCAAGUAGAUGCAGCACUGAGUGUUUGAGGAAAAAGUGGGAAAGCAUAAGAGAGUAGUUAAAUAUUCAAAUGUAGUAUAUAAAUGUAUUUGUAAGUAAGUAUAAAGUAUAGAUAUAAAAUCAAGCAGGGGUUAAAGUAGAAUUCAUAUCAAUGUAACUGUUAAAUAUCACGUAUGUAUAUAAAUUAUCAACGACAGUAGUGGUGGGUAGCGAGUUAGAGUAAUAUGUUAUAUAAAAUUUUUAUUGCUCAUCAGAAAUAUUUUCUAUUAUUUUAGGUAUGACUUAAACUAGGCUAUAUUUUCUGUUGCAAAAUUUUCAUUGAUCAAUUAUAGAAAUUAAAUAAAUUUUAUUGCCUUGUGGUCCUUGUUAGACAGGAUGCAAAAUAAGAAUAUUUUCAUACAAAUUUUAUAGAAAAGUUUAAAGAAGAAGGUGCAGAGGAUUUCGUAACUUUUAUUAAGAAAAACGUAUCUUUUAUUCUCUGGAGAAUUAAAUUAAGGUUAAUUUCUGCAAAAACACGCAUGUUUUUGGAAAGUUUUUUAAUGACGACGCAAUUAAAAUAUUUUUAUUAAAAUCAAUGGUAAUACAUUAAAGUAUGGCAUUCGAAAACUGUAAUAAAAUUUCACGAGAAAAAUCAAAUAAAUCGGUUGCAUCGUAGUUAUAAUACUCUACUUAUUGCACAAAAGGGCAUAAAAAGAUAUUUAUCUUGAUUUUGAUCGAUCAGUUUAUAUGACAGCUAUACGGUAUAAUAGUCCGAUCUAAACAAUUCCCUCGGAGAUUGCACCAUUGCCUUGGUUAAUAAUUUUUUUCAAAUUUCGUGACGAUAUCUCGUGGAAUAAAAAAGCUCCCCAUACAAGUACUUGAUUCCGAUUGUUCAGUUUGUAUGCCAGCUAUAUGCUAAAGUGGUCCGAUAUCGGCGUUUCCAACAAAUUAGCAGUUUUUUAUAGAGAAAAGCAAGGUUGCAAAAUUUCAGAUCGAUAUCUCAAAAACUGUGGGACUAGUUUGCGUAUGUAAAGACUGACGGACAUGGCUAAAUCGACCCAAUUCAUCAUGCUGAUGAUUUAUGUAUGUAUACAUUUGAUGAAGCCUUCGACGUUUCCUUUUGGGUGUUACAAACAUCGAGGCAAACUUCAUACUCCCUAUUCAAGGUAUAAAAAUUGCUAAAAGAUCGAUGCAGUAAUUUUGAACCUAAAAGGGUAACCGAAUUUGAAAAUAUGAGUUGUGAGGAGCACGCUUUAGAGUUUUGAACACUAAAAAAUCCGAUUUAAAACGUUCAUAAGACAGGUAUAAAAAUACUCAUAACUUCGUCAAUCGCCUUGAAAUUUUUACACAAUAUUCUUGAGAUAUCAUGCAUUAAAUAAAAAUCUAAAACCUUGCCGAAGGUAUGCUAAUCCAAGUUGAAUCAUCUAUAUUGUAAACGUUAUCACGUGGAACUGCAGUUUUAUGAAGUAAAAGUGUACUUGAGCCAGAAAAAGAAUAUUUUAUAUUUUGUUUCCCAAGUCCUCCAUAGCUUUAUAACAUUAAAGUCUAAGAAGAAAAUUCUUUGUUAUAACGUUUUAAAAAUUAAGGUAAAAACACUGUCAAAAAGAGAUGUCCUUGAUUCAGCAAUUUUACUUUGAAAGAAACUGUGGAGUUAACUAAAAGAACGGUAAAGCCGUAAAAUAUGGUAAUAGAACAUCAUAAAGAUUAGAUUACAAGAAUUAUAUGAAAAUCAAAAGAAUCGCAUGGAUGCACCAAUAACUAUUUUGCGACGCUAUGCGACUACAGAAAAUGACGACCUCUUAGAGAAUAUCGCACAAUUAAUUUCUUUUAGGGGAAAUUUUAGUCCAGCAAUUUGAAAAAUUCAAAUUAUUUUCCAAGUUAUAGCAGUUUUAGUGUCAUGGCAACUAGAUCAAUUUAUCCUUAACUAAAAAAUCUAAAAGCGUUUUUCUCGACACGGUCAUCGCGAUAUCUCAAGAUUUAAUCAACAAGGGUAGAAAUCGUGGCGGCGAAGACCAGGCAUAUUUUUUCUUCAACUGCAAGAAUUUAUAACUUUAUAAAAAUGUAUUAUUCUUUUUUUAUACCCUGAACAAGGAAUAUUCAGUUUGCCACGAAGUUUGCAACACCCAGAAGGAAAAGUCGGAGACUCUAUAAAAUAUAUACAUAAAUGAUCAGCAUGAUCCGUCCGUCUGUCUGUUUGUAUAUAUACGAACUAAUGCCUCAAUUUUCAAGCUAUCGAAUCGAAAUUUUUCACCUGUACAUUUCUCUCUAAGAAGCUGCUCAUUUGUCGGAACAGCCGAUAUCGAACCACUAUAGUACAAGUAUAUAGCUGCCAUACAAAUUGAACGAUCGGAAUCCAGUUCUUGUAAGGAAUCUUUGUAUUUAUGAAGGGUAUUAUAACUUCGGUGCAACCGAAGGUUAACAUUUUUUCUUUUAUUUUUCUUUUUUAUACUUUCGAAAUAUGAAUAAAUAAAUCGCUUGAUGGCCUCUAGACCAGAAUACCCUCCUGAGGUGAAAAAAACUCAACAAAAACCUAAUAGUUCCGUAUAUGAUUAAUUAUUUGGAAAACGAAAUACCCCGACUUGUUAUCAAAAUGCAACUAUUUGAUUAUAAUGAUGAUGAUGACUAAGUGAGAUAAUUGAAUCAACUGCCCACCCUAGCGAAGACUAUAUAAAUAUCAAGUAUAGGUAUAUAUAAAAUAAAAUUAAAAAAAAAAAAAAUAUAUAUAUAUAUAUAUGUAUAUGUAUGUAAUAAUAAAUAUACAAGUAACUAAAAAUUGUUAGGCGAACGCAGCAUUAUAUGUAUGAGUAAAUAGGCUUUAAUGAAAUAUUAUAUAAAUGCAAACAAAGGGUAUAAAAUUAUAGAAAAAGAAAAUAUUUAUUUGCAAAAAUCCAUGUGGAAUAAUUGGUGAAAAACCACCGAGUUAAUUAUGUUAUUAAUCGAAACAAUAAUUACUAAGAACCAACGCGUGCAUAAAAUAUACUGAGUAUAGGUAUAAAAUACAUAAAUAAAUAUAUAAAUAUAAUAAUCAUAUAAUAUAUUGUAGAAUGAAUCUUCGUAUGUAGGAUUGUAUGUCUGAUAAGAAAGCUUGGCAAACUAGAAUUUGUUGGAACAUUACUGUAAAUAAGUAUGCGCAUAGUUUAUAUAUAAGGGUAUGUAAUAUAUAUAGUAUUAUAAAAUAAAUAUUUAUUAAUUAGACAAACGUAAAUAUCAAACUAGUUUUUGGUUAUUUUGUUUAGAUUUUUAAGCAUUAGAGCGUGUUCGGGAGCUUGUAAACAUGGCUUGUGGUCUAUUGUGUCACAAUUAAGCGAAUGUACAGGGCGCUUCAUCCUUCGGCAUAAAAAUAUUGAAUAACCUAAAGGAAAUAGCCGACUAUUGAGUUCAGACAUUUUAAUUAAUUGAAAAACUUUAUUGCAACCACAAUUUGUCACCACAUUCUCCAUACAUUCGUGGACAGACGUAUACAUAAAUAUCGAAAUGAUUCCUCACCAUAUUAGUAUUAAAGGAUGGAGCACCCUGUAUAUAAGUAUAUAAAACAAAAUACCAACGUACUGCAUAUACUCAUUAGCACUUAAAUUACAUAAAAGAAAAUAUUAAAAUUAAAGUUUAAAAAAUAUAAAUAAUUUAAAGUCAUCAGCUGUAGUUGCGUUCGCUUGUAAGCGAAUCGCAAAAGAACACUCGCUUAAAUAUUGAAAUGUCUAUAAAGCGGCACUACAAACUUGGCUUAUUUAUUGGAUUCAGUUUCAGGGGGUUGAUAAAAAAUGAGCGACUGGUUGAUUAGUUAUAUCGAAAAAAAAAACAAUUUCAUUGUGAAUUAGCAUUUUUCUAAUUUUAAGUGCAUUUUGUGCAUAUUCCAUAAAUCCUUGGCCAAUAGUGCUCAAAAGCCAAGCAAAAUUAAACGGCCUAAGCCUAACUAUAGUCUAAGUAUUCGCUCUCUGUUACAUACCUCUUACCUAUUGGUGAUCCUUGUAGUUUGUUAAGUUAAGGAUAUGAACAUUUCAAUCUGCCUCUCAAAACCUGAUAAGUUCCGACAUGUUUUUAUAGCUAGAAUGUUGCCAGUGUUAACAAAUAACUUCAAAUUAUUUAUAAUUUAGUUGGGUAUUAUUUUCACACUCGCUUAAAAUAGUAGUUUUCGGUUUUUGUCGAAACGAAUUCGGAAGUAUUUAUUUGUAGAUAGAUAACAGAAAUUUCCAUCUAUAGAGAGUAAAGUAUUAUAAUAUUGGCUAUAAACUCGAAAUUUUAUGAAAUUUAACCGCCCCGAUUGCGAACUCAAAAAUUACAUAAUCAGUUUGAUUUCCAAAAUGCCUAACACGAUUUAAAAGCUAAUUCAUCCUUUGAAGUAUUACAUCAAUUAAUUUUCCUUCUUUGAUUAAUGGAAUAUCUGUUCAAACUCUCGAGUUCAUUUUACCGAUCAUAUAAUCAAGUAUUAAUAAGUUGAAACUGGGUAAGUGAGUGAGUAAAAUUAGAGUUGUGCAUAUUAUCCAAUAUAUACUGGACACUGAAAACCAAAUGGUAUAGAGAAAUAUUGCAAGAUCAAGUCAGAACUAAGUCGCACUAAGACUCGCUUACUAUGUGACUUCCAGUAGCCAAAACUAUGUCAAAAAUGCUUGGCUAAAAGCAAACAAAAACCAAGUUAUAGUGUAAGUCAAUGAAAGUUUGAUGACCACCAGAAUAAUAUUUUUAUUGUAUUUAUAGCUUAUA